AGGACAAUAGUUACUGGUUGGCGACGAAAGUUAGAGAACCGGGACGUCUUCAAAAUUCGUCGCGAGGACAGCAGCUUCCAAAUCAACCCCAUCUUCCAACAAAAUUGGAAGCAGGCGAUACGUAGAGGGGCCCAGCAGAAAGCUAACAACAACAAAAAUGACGUCAACAACACCAAAGAUACUAAAAAUAAAAAGGAUGAAGAUGUAGGGCCCAGAGCCUCGUUGUUCGGGGCCAUGGGCCGCACCUUCUGGCUGCCCUUCGUAAAGGGGGGACUCUUUAUGUUCUUUUACGAUUGUAUUAUCUUCAUCAACCCUUUCCUACUCAAUGCCCUUUUGAACUUUGUGAGCCAAGUCGGGGACCCAGAAACGAAGCAGACCUGGCACGGCUUCAUCUUCGCAUUCGGCAUGUUGUUCGCUUCCUUGUUCGGCGUUCUCUGCAUGCACCACCAUUUCAACUUUACCUACACCGUCGGCCUGAGACUGAGAACGGCCUUGACCUCUGCUAUUUAUAGAAAGUCCCUCACCAUUUCACAAAACGCCCGGCGUUCGGCCACAGUCGGCGAGAUCGUCAACCUCAUGUCGGUGGACGUGCAAAAAGUGGCCGACGCCUGCUCCUUUGUCCACUACUCGUGGUCGUCGCCACUCAUUUUUGUGGUCACUGUUUAUCUUUUGUGGGGUCUUCUAGGGCCCUCCACAAUGGCGGGCAUAGGGUUCAUGUUGGUGGUCCUCCCCAUUAACUCUAUGGUACUGGCUAAGUUGAUUAGAGAAUACCACGUGAUACAAAUGUUAUUGAAAGACGCCAGACUCAAGCUGAUGAAUCAGAUUUUAACUGGCAUAAAAAUUCUAAAAUUGUACGCUUGGGAGCCUUACUUUGCGUCAAAAAUUCUCGAAAUUCGAAAUAAUGAGUUGAAAAAUUUGAGGAAAAGUCAGACGGUCGGGGCCAUUACGUACGUUCUCUGGUUCUGUAAUUCAUUUCUGGUUACCUUGUUCUGCUUCACGGCUUACGUGGCCUUUGUCAGUCUCUCCCUCAUCAUGUUACUCAACAUGCCACUCACCAUCCUUCCACCUGCGAUUAUGAUGAUGGUUCAGGCAUUUGUGUCAGGAAAACGAAUUGAAAAAUUUUUACUACUUCAAGAUAUCGAUGAACAGAAUGUUACACAUAAAGAAGAUAAAGAGUUCGCUGUAGAGAUAAAAGAUGGGAGUUUCUCAUGGGGCGAUGAAACGCUGAAACCAACUUUGAACAACAUAAACAUGAAAGUCAAGCACGGACAACUGGUGGCCAUUGUCGGCCCUGUUGGCUCCGGAAAAUCUACCCUCCUCUCGGCAAUCCUUGGCGAGACCCAAAAACUAUCCGGAUCUGUGAAUGUCAACGAAAAAAUGGCCUACGUAGCCCAGCAAGCCUGGAUUCAAAACCUCACUCUCAGAGAUAAUAUUCUAUUCAGCGAGCGCUACGACCAGGCAAGGUACGAUGACGUCAUCGAGGGAUGUGCCCUCAAGCCCGAUUUGUCGGUUCUGCCCGCGGGGGACCUCACUGAAAUUGGAGAAAGGGGCAUAAAUUUGAGUGGAGGUCAAAAGCAGAGAAUUAGCCUAGCAAGGGCGGUCUAUCACGAUGCCGACCUCAUGUUGCUUGAUGACACCCUGAGUGCGGUUGAUGCACACGUCAGCAAGCACAUUUUCGAGAAAGUUCUAGGUCCAAAUGGUCUUCUGAAGAAUAAGACGCGAAUCCUAGUAACAAAUAAUGUGACUCUGCUGCCACAAGUCGAUCGGAUUUUCGUCAUCAGCGAGGGGACGAUAGGCGAGCAGGGCAGCUUCGAGGAGCUUCUCUCGCGUGACGGCAGUUUCGCCGAAUUUCUGCGCACCUACAUGACGGACUUGGAAGAGGCAGAUGACGUUGAUGAAGAACGUCAGUUUCAGCAAGAACUGAUGAAACUACACGAAAAACUGGCAACGAGCACCUCAUCCAUUCCCAACUCUCCCGCGGUAGCCACCCCAAUCAAGGGCGACCCCAUCGCGAGUAGCGGGGGCGAAGACGCCGUCAGCCACUCGGAAGUUUUCUCGUAUCAGAGCGACAGCUGGCGUCGGCCACGAAAACGACAUCUGACGAGCGAACUUACUGACAAGUUGAUCCAGGAGGAGACAGUCGAAGAAGGAGCGGUAAAGUUAUCCGUCCUAAGGGCCUACAUAACUUCGGCUCCAGCUAUGUACCCGAUUGUCUUGGUCAUCUCCUUCGUAUUUUUUGUGAUCUUCAACUGUUGCACCAACAUCUGGUUGAGCAAAUGGUCGAACGAUCCGGUCAUAAAUGGGACUCAGGAUAGGGAGUUGACGAAAGUCCGGCUGGGAGUCUAUGCGGCCCUCGGCGGUGGGCAGACUAUCGCAGUAAUUGGAGUCAUAUGGGCGAUCAUAUUUGGCUGUAUGGAAGCCACUAGGACACUGCAUUCUAAACUCCUUCAAAAUAUAGUUAGAUGUAAAAUGUCUUUCUUUGACACGGUACCUCUGGGACGCAUACUAAACAGAUUCUCUAAAGACAUAGACGUGUUGGAUGUGAGCAUACCCCAGUUCUCUCAAAGUCUUCUGACGACUCUGUGCCCCCUGGUCUCGACAAUUAUCAUCAUCUCCUAUACUAGUCCAUACUUCAUUGCCGUCGUCAUACCUCUCUUGAUUAUAUUCAGCGCUUUGCAGCGUGUCUACGUAGCGUGCGGUCGGCAGAUCAAGCGAUUGGACUCAAUCCGUAAGUCGCCAAUGUACGCCAAUUUCAGCGAAACCCUCUCCGGAUCGACAACGAUCCGUGCCUACCGACAUCAGGAUCGUUUUGUCUCCCAGUCCGACUUCCUUCUUGAUGAGAGCCAGAGGGUUUGGUUCCAGGUCUUUAGCUCCAACAGAUGGAUAGGUAUAUAUUCAGAAUUCAUAGCGGACUUGAUGAUAUUCUUCACGGCUCUCUUCGCCAUACUACAGCGAGACACACUCGACCCAGGAUUAAUCGGUCUAUCUCUGUCUUUUGCUUUCCAGAUCAACAUGAGUAUAACAAUGACAGUACGAUGCACAUGUGAACUCGAGACGUACAUCGUUGCAGCCGAACGCAUUAAAGAAUACUCUGAUGUUGAAAAUGAGGCCCCAUGGCUAAUUGAAACUCAUAGGGCCCCAGAAGACUGGCCGUCAGAUGGGGUGGUCCAACUUAAGGGGUACAGUACCAGAUACCGUGAUGGGCUUGAUAUGGUCUUGAAAGAUAUCACCAUCGAUAUAAAGCCACAAGAAAAGGUGGGCAUCGUGGGGCGCACCGGGGCCGGAAAAUCCUCCCUCACUUUGGCCCUCUUCCGGUUAAUAGAGCCAGUCACUGGGUCCAUUUGUAUUGACGGAUUGAACGUCAGCGAAGUUGGAUUGCAUGACGUCAGGAAGAAACUAACGGUCAUACCUCAGGACCCAGUAUUAUUCUCCGGGACCCUCCGAUUCAACUUGGACCCGGCAAGUAAUUUCAGUGACCCCGAAAUAUGGCUAGCCCUGGAACAGGCCCAUUUAAAAACAUUCGUCUGCAGCCUUCCCAAUAAAAUUGACCAUGAAUGUGGUGAGGAUGGCUCUAAUCUAAGCGUCGGUCAACGUCAGUUGCUCUGCUUGGCCAGGGCGUUGCUCCGGAAAUCGAAAGUUCUCGUACUGGACGAAGCAACAGCGGCCAUUGACCUUGAAACGGAUGACCUCAUUCAGUCGACGAUAAGGUCAGAGUUCAAAUCAUGUACCGUGCUGACAAUCGCACACCGCGUCAACACUAUCAUUGAUUAUGAUAGAAUUUUAGUCCUUGACAAAGGUCAAGUUAGCGAGUUCGCCCCACCUCAGCAAUUACUGCAAGAUCCCAACUCCAUGUUCUAUGCCCUCGCUAAAGACGCCGGCCUGGUCUGAAUGGAGUUUUCUUAUCAGUCCAUUCUUUCAUUCAUUCUAUUAUUCAUCCUUCUAUGUAUUCAUUUAUUCAUUCAUCCAUUCAUUCAUUCAUUCAUUCAUUCAUUC